AUGACAGAUAAUAACAUCAAAUUUGUUGUGGUGGGGAGACCAAGUGACCAGACUAUUCUUGGUGCUGAAGCACCCUAUGCAAUCAAGAAGACCAUUAAGCAAGAGUAUAUUGACAAUGCACAGGAAUUGAUUAAUACCCUCGGGCAAUCAAGCCCGUACCCAGAGCUAAGAGAUGAAGCAGAGACUAUUUAUGGUACUUGGUACACUUACUGUGACCACAACGUCCUAUCUUACUCAGUCCUGACCAAUAAUUCUUACAAGAAAAAUGUUGCCUAUGAUCUUCUCAAAGAAGUCUGCAAAGUGGUGUAUGAAGAAACUGCUGGACUCCAAAGUGGACAUGCCAGUAUGGAGCAAGUACCCAUAAAAGAUAUUGUCCAGAAUGUAUGUGAGAAGUACCAAAAUGAAAGAAACGUCGACAAAAUCUCUAUGGCUCAAUCUAAAGUAAAAGAGGUCACCAACGUUAUGCAAGAUAAUGUCAAAAAUAUGGUCAGGAACAUUCAUGAUGCUGAGGAACUUGAGGAUCAGAGUAAUAAUAUCAAAGGGAACGCAGAACAGUUCAGAAAACAUGCUAAAGGAGUCGAAAAUGCGAUGAAAGCAAGGAAUAGAAGACUAAAUAUUCUGAUUAUCUGCAUUAUUCUUGCAGUCUUGCUCUACAUCAUCGUUCCCAUCAUUGUUUGGGCAUCAAAAGAUUAAUUAGACGAACAAUAUCUAAUAAAUUCAAUAGGAGG